AUGGGCGGCAACACAUUCCCCAAUCUAGCCGUUCCUCGCAUGUCACCAGAAAUCUACAACCGAGUCUUGGUAGAGUAUCAGUCAAAGCUCGAUACUAUCUUUGAUAGAGUCGUGGUACCUCGCGAUGCCCCGGCUAAGGCUGACUAUGGAGAUGUGGACUUCCUCGUCCAGGGUCACUCGAAGACCGACAUUUGGAACGAACUCAAGACUCUGCUGGGGUCUGAGCUUGAACAGCACAAUGGUGGCUCGACGUCUUUCGCCAUACCACACCCGGAAAUAGCCGGCGCACAUGUCCAAAUCGAUGUCGAACUGUCACCUGGCGACGGCACACCUGAUGCGGCUGCGUUGUUUGAAUGGACCAGGUUCAUCAAGGGCGACUCAGAUAUGAUGCAGAUCAUUGGGAUAUCACACCGUGCCCUGGGUCUCACGUGCACCGAUACAGGGUUCUAUGUGCGAGUUGAACAGAUUGAACCUUACGACAAGGAAAAGGCGAAGCUGUUCCUCACAAGGGACCCAAACGAAGCUAUGAAGUUCUAUGGCCUUGAUACUGUCAAGUACUGGGCUGGGUUUAGGGAUGAGACUGAACUCUUCGACUGGUCUUCGAGCGUCGAGUUGAAAAAAGCAACGAUCGAUCGCGGCAAGCAAAGAGACCGAUGUACAGACGCUUCGUUGAGGAUGUACAUGCCAGCUCAUGCCGAAAAGAACGCGUCGACGAUCUGGACACGUCAAGAAGUCCUCGAAGAAGCCAUCAAAUACUUCAGCAAGCAGACCAAAUAUAAUCAGAAAAUUGCGGAGCAUAUGUCUAGGCAAAACGAACUGACGCUGUGGGGCCAAAUCCGAACCGUACUCCCCAUAGCGAGCAAGUCGUCUCAAGACUUCGCUUUGAAGUCGCUAAGACGGUGGGUGUUCUUUCAGAACGGCCAACCCAGGAUUGCCACUGAAGCCAACCUCGAUGACCCUGCAAUCUGGACCAACCUGAUGGCACCUGGAAGCUUAGCAAGUCUACUUACGUGGGUGACGGAUCACUGGGAAGAGGCCAAGGUGCUGGAGAAAGCUCGAGCGAAUGCAGCAAAGUCGGCAGCGCUGGCUGGUUGA